GAAAGAUCAUCAUCAUCAUCAUCAAGUGUGUAUGGAAAUAGGGUUUAUUAGAAAAUGGUUCAAAUGGUCACAAGUAGUUUUGGCAAUGUUGAUGGUGCAAAUAGUCUACACAGGAAUGCAAUUGUUGUCUAGAAUCAUUCUUGUCAAGGGUACUUUUGUCUUUGCUCUCAUUACUUAUCGAAAUGUCGUCGCUGCUAUUUGUGUCGCUCCUCUUGCCUAUUACUUCGAAAUAAGAGGUCAUGUAAUGAAGUUUAGUUGGCAAGUUUGGUUUUGGCUCUUUGUCAAUGCCUUGAAUGUGUUGGGAACCACAAGUUUGUUCUACUAUGGUUUAAAAGACACAACAGCUACAUAUGCAACCAAUUUCCUCAACCUUAUUCCUAUAGUCACUUUUGUUGUUUCUGUCAUCAUAAGAAUGGAGAGACUUAGAUUGGGAAGCAAAGAAGGGAAAGUAAAGACAAUAGGGGCUUUAUUGUGUGUGAGUGGAGCUCUACUCACUGCCCUUUACAAAGGAAAUGAAUUUUUUAUAUCUAAUCAUCAUUCAGAUCAUCAUAGUCCCAUCAUCAUCACACCUCAUCAUCAUUGGACACGUGGCACAAUCAUGUUGCUUGCCAGCACCCUUGCUUAUUCAUCAUGGUUCAUAGUCCAAGUACUAAAUUCUCAUUCCCCUAUUCUUAGAAUUUUCAUUUUUCUAAUUUUUAUUUUCACGGGUUUAAGUGAUCUUAGGCCUAUGUUUGAACACAGACUCAAUAGCUUGGAGUUUAGGCUGGAAUCUUCAAUUGGUUACUAUAAUCUAGUCGUUCAAGGCCCAACAUAUCCACCAAUGUUCAAUCCUCUUGCUCUUAUUUUUGUGGCAUUUUUAGAAGCUCUCACACUUGGUGAACCCAUCACUGUUGGAACGUUAAUAGGUGUUGUACUUAUAAUUUUUGGAUUGUACUCUUUUCUGUGGGGAAAAAGAAAAGAGAUGCAAAGGGUGAAAGAAGAAGCAGCCAAUUCUAGUGCCAAUCAUGAGCUUAAUUAG